CUCCCAAAACCGUAAAUUUAAUACUACGAAACCACCAGAAUACGAUCCCUUUUGAUUCCGACUCCUUCUACUCCAUACCUCAAAGAUGGCGCGCUCAGCAACAGAUGCAACGAGAUUUACAUCGACGACUCCACACGCUGCUACAAAACCGAAGCCCGUAUCGAGAAAUCCAGGUCCGCCGGGAGAAACACCACAACAGAGAGUCAAGAGGUUAAGAGCUGCGGCAGAUAAAGCUAGAGAUGCACAAAUAUCGACCUUUGACAAGUUGAUUAUGAGGGGAAGAGUGUGGGCGGAUAAGGCGCAUAGGUUUACAGCUUUUAGUCUGAUUGGACUUACUUGUAUGGUUUCCCCGCAGCCGUUUCUCAUUCCAAUCCGGAGUCCGAUACUCGAAUUCUUUACUCUUGAGGAUCUCUUAGCUCGAGGGCAGCACAUUUGCUAAUUCUUAUGUUUGUAGUUAUUGCCGGUGGCGUCACAGUUUAUGCAUUGGGAGAUAUGAUGAUAUAUAAUCGCAAAAGACGCGCUGAGUUCUUCGCCGAACAGAAAUUUCAAUAUGCCAUGGCUCUCGAAAGCGCACAAAAGGCCGCUGCAUUUGGCACUGCAACCGAAUCACAACUAGAAUUUUUGGAUAGGGAAAAGGAACGGGAAGAAAAGACGAAAAUCGCCGAAGAAGCCAAAAAGAAGUCAGGGCCAUGGAAGAAGAGCAAGGAAUGGCUAUUUUCGGGCUUGAAGAAGGAGGAGGAAGGGGAUAAUGUGGGUACUAGUGAGAGAAGAUUGGGAUAUGAGGCACUGAGUGAAGAGGAUGAUAGUCUUGGUGAGAGGGAGAGCGAUGUUCUAAGGGCGAUUGAAGAGAAGAAGAUGGCAAUACAGGACAAGGCAAAGUCUGUUUUUGAGGCGGAAAAAGAAAGACAAAAAAGAGGUGGUCCCCUGGAUAGGAUAGGGACUGAAUCGGAGGAGGAAAAGCCGAAGUCUGGUGGUUGGACAUCAUUCAUGAUAAGGAGGUGAGUAAUAGGUGUGAAUGGGAAAGAGCAGAAACAGGGGAGAUGAAUGAAUGUCUAUGUAUCAUAUGGGAUGAUGGUGUCUUGCAUUGGUCUUAGGGUCCGAUAUAUUCUCCCUGUAAAAUUGGAGGUCAAAAUCGCGAAGUCGACAUCUCUUACUCUGGAAUUUCGUUCAACCUUCUGAAUCACGUGUCAAUGUGCCGUUGUGUUGGAAACCCUCGAAUUAGACUUGUGCAGUAGUUCGGAAUCUAAUGUUCGGAGGCUAUAUGUCGAGAUCAGAGACAUCUACUUUCGGUAAACUGGGUUCAGAACAGCGGA